GUCAAAUAAUAAUACAUGUGGGCUACGCACUCAUGUCGUCACGUAAAUAACGUGAGUUCAAGGUCAAGCAUGUUGUGACUUGAAGAGCGCCUGCGGUCGAGAGUCUGCCGAGAGUCUGCGCGCUCUUUCUGGUACUCGUGUUCUGACAUUUUACGUGCCGAAAAACUAUGUUUUAACGGCAACACAUAAGACACAAGAAGUGAAAUAAACUCGACAAAGGCACGCCUGCUCGUCUCAGAGUAUGACAAUGUUUGCGAAACAUAAAUAGAACGAAAAUGUGAAAGAAAACUGUCAUGGUGAGGUAUGGAGAGCCCAGAAAAAAGGGGGAAAGUAGUAGGUUGUGAACUUUGCGGAGUGCCCUUCUUCGACAGAAGCCACGACAGGUAUGAGCAUGGCUUCUCCUUAAUGCACCAUUUGAAACUGAAUGAAAAGAGUAAGUCGAGCAUUCAUUGUUGUGAGCUGUGCAAAGUUGCAGUGGGCCCCAUCCAGAACUUUGUGGAUCACCUGGAGGGCAAAAAGCAUAUAAAGGCUUUGGCCAUGUUUAAGCAGAGGCACUCUAAAAAGCAAAAGAAAGAAGCCUCAUGUGAGAAAAGCAAGAAAUUGAAAGCAAGCAGAAGUAAAAGAAGCCAUCCCAAGUCAAAGCCAGCUGAAAAGGAGAGAGCUCAAAAGAGUAAAACGUCAAAGAAGUCAAGUGAUCACACAGAUAACACCACCCACAUCAAAGAGCCUUCCACGAACACUGACCAGAACAGGCGGGAAGGUGUGCAGUCAAAUGAAGCAAGUCCUCAGAAGGCCAUCAUCGAAGAAAACGUUGGCCACAACGAAGAUAUGAACAACGGUUGGAAUGGACAGCAGCAGUGGCCCAGACAGGGCCCAGUAUUCUGGCAGGGUCGAGAGCAAUGGAACUUUCAGCAGAACUUCAGACAGAAUCACCACCAAGGAUUUCUUAAUAAUGAGCCAUGCUUCAGGCCUCCCUUUCAGCAAUGGAGGCAGCCCUUCAUCGACGUCCCCAGGCCAUACAACGCCCGGGGUAUGGGCGUACCAUCCUAUCGGCCACAGAACUUCCAGUGUCAGCCACCCCACCAAUACUGGAAUAGCAAUGGUCAGGGCUACAGAGGGCAGCGGAGAGAUUCAAUACCACCAUUCGGUGGCAUUGAUGCUUCCGAAGGCUGGCUCAGUUCCCACUACAACAACAGGGAGCCCAUUGCUGCUCCACCAACAGACUCUGUUCCCCAACAAGACGGGCCACCUACACCUGCUCAGACAUCCAGCGAAACGGAAAGGGCAAGCACGGCACCUCCCACAGAUCCAUCCACAGAGCAUGCUGUAAAGAAGGAGAAGAUGACUGAAAUAGAACAGCCGUUGCACCCUGCAGGUUGCGAACGUCUCGACCGCACGAGCCACCUCAUUUUCUUGUCCUCAGAAGAUGAAGACAAUACUACUGGCACUCACCGUAAUGACAGUGGGAGCAAUGACCAGCGAAAGCUGCAGAGUGAAGGGUCCACUGCAACCAAGCGCAAGGUUAGAACUCCAAAGAGCUCCGGAAAAACCGCUCGGAAGGAGCAGGGGGCGAAGUGUGGUGGCACAGUUCCCAUCUUCUCGUCCUUUUCUUCCAAGGAGGCUUUCAGAAAAGACGUUCUCGAUCGUCUGGUGAACUAUCCCUGCUCAAGACGAGUCCGUUCGCAGCUCUCGAAAUGGGUGGCUCACCUGAAGGGACCGCAGGACCAUCUGCCAGCACAACAAGAAAGGCCCUCGCUGAAUCUGGCGGCACUGCCCACGCAGCAGUUGGACUUGCAGGGCCUGGUUAAGGAGAUGGAAGCAAGUGACCUCCCAGACGAGCUUCUGCAUAGUCUCAUGGUUGCUCUUGAAGAUGGCUCAGAUGCUGAACAUGAGGGAGGAACUGCGGUAACCAUGGACCAUGAAGUGACUGCUGGCGUCAGCAACACCUCCCCGAAAGUAAAUGGUGCCAAAGCCAGUAAGAAAUCUCCAGCCAUAUGUCCUAGUGACAAAGCCAUUUCAAAAGUCUCCAAGACAAAAACUGCCAAGUCUUCACCAUCAGUUAGGUCAAAUUCCGAGUCGUCGUCGUCGUCUGCCAGCUUGUCUUCGCUGCCUGGUACAACAAAACCAACAGUGGCCAAGUCAGUGACGACAAAGCCUACAGCGAGCAAGUCACCUGUGAGUAAAGUGACAUCUGGCAAGCCAGCAGCCAAGAAAUCAUCUGGCAGCAAAUUGGAGACAAGCAAAUCAGCAACCACGAAGCCAAAGGCCUUGCCUACGAAAACACGGACAGCUGAUUCUGGACUUAUAGGGUCACCCAGUGACAAGGUGUCAUCUGCCACUGCCAGAUCUCCGCUCCUGACAAAGGGCAAGGAGGAACUGCCAGCGAAAGAGUGUACUCAGGAGUCCGACGCAGAUAAGGGGAGUGACGAAGAAUGUGUUGUAGUGCCGACUCCAGUGAAGGUGAUAGAGUCGGUGGAUCUUGUGGAUUCUGAGGAAGAACGGGAGGAUGACAGAACGACGGAGGAUGAGGAUGAGGACAGACAUCCUGCUUCUCCUCCAUCAGAGAAGACCUCAGAUCCUGCAGCACCCUCAAAACGUGAUCCAGAACCAAUACCACAAGAAAGCGACCGUACCGCCUCCCGGACACCUGAACAAGUCACUGCUCGGCCGUUACCUUCCGUCCCCUGCUCCUUGCCGAGGCCAUCGUCAGAGCCCAGGCUUCCCUGUGUAUCUAGACCUCCGUCUGUCCCAAGACCUCCAUCAGUGCCAAAGCAAGCGGGGAGCACGUUGUCCCUACCUGUGCAGGGUGCAUUUCCCACGUCAGCACUAGUGUCACAAGACUCAAGUGCAGCAGUACGUUCUGUGCCUGGCAGUGCUGCGCCACCCGUGCCAAUGCCCACUGUGCUUCCUAUGGAAGUAAAGACUAUGGAUCUGUCAGGACAUCAGGUACCCCAUGUGGCGUCUCAGGACUCCGGCAAAGUUGGAGAUGCACUUCCAACCCUCCCUCAACAACAGACAACCGUCGUGGCAGAACAUGUUAAGGGGGAAACUCAAGGGGGAGUGGAAGAAGGCCCAGGCGCAAUAGUUUCUGAACUCAUUGUCUUAUGUCAGGAAGAGGAGGAUGUACGCUCCCAGUGUGAGCUCGCCCAGCGAAACAUCAUGUCACUUACCACAGCAUUGGAGCAAUGGAAGCAUCAGCAGGAACAGCUAAUUUUGAGAGAAACACAAAUCCGGAAGAGGAGAUUGGAACUUCUCCGCAACCUUCAGGAAACAGUUGGUGGAGAGCACAGCCGUGCUGGCAGUUUGAGAACGGCAGCGGAGCAAGCUCACAUCCUCGAAGCCCUCCGGGCAGCUCCUGGAGCGUCGUCCUCUUCGACAUCUGCAUCUGGUACACCGGAAGAUGCUACUGCUGAUGGAGGUAUGACCUGCAACACAACAACAGGGGUCACUUACGUUGGGGCAUUAGACACAACAUUGGACAUCAUGCAGCAGAUACUACCACACAUGCAGCAGCUGGGAGACGUGCCUCUUCCAGGCAAAGAUGUCCUGAAUGAAGCUUCGACUAUCACCAGCGGUGACCCAACCCCAACAACUUCUCCAAAUGCGAGGGCGAUAGCAAAGCGAAAGAAAUCUACGGACUCCGCAACCAAGCAGAAGAAAAGUAAAAGUAGAACAGAGAACGAGGCCGACGUAGAGAUGGGCGAGUCGCGCCUUGCAGAUGUCCCGGAUACGAUGGAGAUCAAAGCGCACGAGGGGGCAGUGGUGGCAGUCAAGCUCUACAAGGGCUGGCUGUACACUUGCUCGACAGAUUACACGGCCAAGCGCUUUGAUCUUACGAAUCCGGGCAAAAGCAUCAUCUACGGGGGCCACACGAAGGCCUUGAGUACCCUCGAAGUGCAGUCCUCGAAAAACGCGCCCACACUGCUCUACACGGGUUGCAAAGACGGCUACUUACGGUGCUUUGAUGCAGAUAGCGGAGAGCAAAUGCUUGAACUAGACCUCGAAAGCCCUAUCAGUUGCUCUGCCUCUGCUUGGGGACGACUCUUCCUUGGACUUCACAGUGGUUAUGUUGCCGUUUUCAACCUUAAGGGCCAGCAAAUAGUAGAGAGGUACACUUGCAGCGAGGGCCCAGUGGGACGCCUGUGCACGGCGGCGGAGGGGGCUCAGCGGCUGCUCUGCACGUUAGCUGCGGAUGGCCGAAUCGGGGUGAGGGACGCAGCAACUGGACUUCUGCUGAGAUGUUUGGGGUCUGAGCAGGGCAGCUCCAGCACUGCCAUAACUGUGCGGCCUCCAGCAUGCCUCGCCCUAGCAGGGGGAUCCAUCUACACGGCAACCAGUGACCGGAGCCUGAUGGUGCACGAGCUUAGGACUGGUUGUUUACAGAAGUUCUACGAAACUAAAAGCUCUGCUACAGGAUUGAGAAUAUACAAGAAUCACCUGUUCUGCUGCUCCUUCGAUGGGCUCAUACGUUGCUACAGGCUGAAGGAUUUUACGUGCGAAUUGGUCUACUAUGGAGCAGGGAAGAACAUGGUGAUGUGCAUGGACACCAUAGGGCCUUUAAUAGCCACUGGCAAUCGCAAGGGAAUAGUGGAGCUGGUGACAUUUGACAAGAGCUGCACCUGCCCUUGUGAGGUGGGCUCGUGCCGGCUACAGUUUGGACGCGAGGUGGACCUUUUGCACCACCUGAAGAGGGAUCACCUAGCACUGGGUGCACCAGCCAUGCAGUCGCAUUGCCCGUGGCAACAUUGUAACAUGGUAUUUUCUGGACCAACUUCAGCAAAGGACUUUGAAAAGCACCUUAUGGAUCAUGCAUGCACGUGACCAGGGUCAUCUGAUCUGUGUUUUAGUGUGUAUAGACGUUAAGUGCAGUGACUGGUUCAAGUGUAAAAAAAAAAGUGUUUAUUCCUGUGCCUCAAGAGAGAUGUCAGGCCUGUGCACGAAGUGUGACUCAUACCGUCUUCGUAACUGUGUACAAUUCUCUGCGAGAAUCUUCUUUGUAAAAAAAAAAAAAAAAGUGACUCUGAGCCCUCAACAGGAAGAUUGAGAAGCGCUUGGAAUGCACCAGUUUUAUUUGUCACGGAUGGUUCAAAUGAAGUGCUGUACAUUGAGUACUUAUAGUUCCUGCUUGCGUUGCUUUCACUAGCUUUCAACUUUCGGCCUCCAUGAGUGCUGAAAUUGGAGGAAGAAGAGAGAUUAAAAGCCUGUCCUGGAAUGUGUCAUGA